UGGCACAUCUAUACGCUGGAAUAUUACUCAGCCAUAAAAAAGAAAGAAGGAGUGCCACUUGCAGCAACAUGAGAGAAUCUAGAGAAAGACAGAAACACUCCUAUCUGCAAACAGUGCUUCAGCCUUAGGCUACCUGUGAGGCCCAGUCCUCUCAAGACAAUUGGAGGACUUCUGACAUAGGAAUGGCUGACCUGGGUCACAAACAGAGAAAACACCAGGAGAGAAGCACAGUCUCUUUUUGCCCUGCGGUUCUCUCUCACCUUUGCAGUUCCAACUAAACCCUCUCAUUUUGGGGUUCUGUAAAUCCUGCUGAUUUCAGAAAGAAUUAUCCUCCAAGAGUCUCAAAUCUCCCCAAUUCACACUCAUCCCAAUUCAGUAGCCCAUUCAAUUUUGCUCUUAAUGAUAACAAGAAAAGCCCUGUUGAUCUUAAUCAGUGAGGAAACUUAUCUUUCUGACCAAUGUCUUAAGUAUGAAGAUAGUUAUCCACAUCAUGAAUCACCCAUCUUAGCUGGCCAUCCGGAGACUCUUGAGAGGGAGUCCGCCAAGGCUAACGGUAACACUGCCCUUCAUCCCUGGAGAGCUCUGCUAGCGAAGCAAUGGAGGCAGAGAGCAGGAGCAGGACAGAGCUUGCUCUCCCCACUCCACAGGAGCCCACCAGGGCAUCUGAAAUUGAACUUGCAGAAAUAUCUCUCCAGGAAAGCGUCUUACUGGAAAGGCCUGCCCCAACCGCACCACGCCAAACGUGGCUGACUGUUUUGAAGAGAGAGCUGGAAUUCCUGGGGGUAACACAAAUUCUGAUUGGUUUGAUAUACGUUUAUUUUGGAAUAAUUGUGAGCGCCAAGAUCAAUGGUUCAGAGUUUACUGAAUACUUUUUUUCAUCAUUUAAAGCUGGCUACCCAUUCUGGGGAGCCCUAUUUUUUGCUAUUUCUGGAGUUUUGUCAAUCAUGUCUGAAAGGAAACCUUCAGCAUAUCUGAUCCGCGGAUGCCUGGGAGCAAAUGUGGUUAGCGGCGUGGCCGCAGGAACAGGCGUCGGCAUCCUCAUCAGUAACCUGAAGCAGAGCGCCACUUACGUCUACGGCUGCGAGGAGGUCUAUGUGAACGACAACUGCUCUCUGGCCUGCUUCUCCACCGAGGUUGUGGCGAUGAUCCUGUUUCUCACCAUCCUGGGCUUUGGCAGCGCUGUAUCACUCAUAGCUUAUGGAAUUGGCGAGAUAAUUGAAGCAAAUCAGAUUCCAGAAGAUCGUCUUUAUGAAGAAGUAAAUAUAUAUGCACCAAUUUACAGCGAGUUGGAAGAAAGAGAGGAGACAACUUCUCCUGCUGAUUCGUAAGACUCAUGUGUCCAGAACAUUCUGAUUCACGGCAAAAGGCUUAGAAAGCCAUGGUCUCUGUGUAAGAGGCUACUGGCAAAAUUUCAAUUCUUUCUAUGACUUGACAAGUUUAUAUUAUGGUUUAUUCUCCAGACGGCAAUAUUCUAUUUUUGUUGUCUCUGUUCACUUAAAUUUACCCCCCUCCAUUUGUAGAUAAGAUAGACUCCUGUAUUUCUUGUUUUCUGUUACUAUGUCAAUCCCAUCCCUUCUGGGAUGUCCACCUGUAAUAAGUAAGCAUAACUGUGCAAAUAGGAAAAACAAGAGGAAGACUGGCUGAGAGCUGAGUUAAGCUUAACAGUUGGAUAAUAUUUGCCCUUAGCCUUUUUGAGAGCUGCAGAUGUGUGUGAUCUGUGACCCCUUUCCGACUGCAAGCACCUUGAGGGCAAAGUCCAUUCAGCAAACUCAAACUGAGAGCCAGCUAAGUGAAACUGAUGGCACCUGUCUCCUUCACAUUGUGUAUUCCAGUAUUUCAUCCAUGGUGGGUGCUCAGUGUGGGUGUAUGGGGUGUAGGGGUGAAGAUUCAGAGAAGGUAUAUCACCAGGUCGAGUCAGGAGUAGCAUAGGAAAGGAGAAAUUUUGGAGAUUAUAAGACCAAAUUGACAUAAAUUAAGAAUAGAGGCAGAAAGACUCUGUUAGACGGACUAUGCAUAGAGAUUCUUUAGGCAUGUAUUAAGCAUUUGGGUGGAUACAUAUCAAAUUAGCAAUAGCUAUUUCCUCAUUGUGUUUGGUCUUAUAUGAACAAAACAGCAUGGUGUGUUAGAAGGAUUGCUGAUGUUAUAAAGUGCCCUGGAAUACCAGGCCUAUUGCUUAUUUAUCGAGUGAGCGUUGCAAAUCCUUUAACGUUUUACUUAAUCAGGGUUUUUUCAUCUGUGACAUUAAGAUAUUAGGAAUAAUUUACCUGCCAGCUCUAAAAGUGUGUGUAGAAACACAUGCAAACACAGGAUAAAUUAGUAUAUGUGCUGCCAAAGCAAGCGCCACAGUAUAAAUUAAAAGUGCUCUAAAAAAAGAAAUUAUUGUGGAAUCCAUUCAUAUUAACUCAUGAAUAUUCAUUCACGCUCACACACAGCAAUCUCCAAAUCUUAGUAGUCUCUAAUGAUAUAACAUUUAAGUCCAUUUUAUCUUGAAAGUCCCACUUCCUAAUCCCACUUCAACUUUCUCUUGAAUAUGCAUUCUGCUUGACCACCUCACGUCAGCAUCCUGGGUUGAAAUGUGCUUUCUUCCUUUCUGUUUUUGGUUGACUUUCUCCUUUCCGUAAAACCUGUCUUAAAUCCCAUCUCAUUCUUUAAGUUUUUCUAGUUGAUUGCUUCUCUCUCUAGAUGAUGUUUUUCUAAUCAAACACACACACACACACGCACACACAUUUCUUAUACUCUAUAUAAUUUACUAUAGGCAAAUAUUUUAUGUCCCCUCAAUGAUAAUAUAUUUUUUCAGAGACACAAAAUCUCAUAAAAAUCUAUAUUUUGCCUGAAUCAGCAGCACAUUCACUGAUACAAUAUUGCUCAAAAUUGUUUGCAGACUGAUGAAUAAACAGUAGGGAGUUUUAUUAAGUUACUCACUAUAUCUGGUGAGAUGUAAACCGUAAAGGGAAAAUCACUUAAUGAAGAAUGUGAAAUGGAAGAAGAAUCAAUUAAGACCUGAGCUAAAAUGAAGUCAGUGGAAAUGAAGAGAAAUGACAGUUUCUAAAAAAUGGAGAAAGAGUUAUUGGUCUUCCCACUACUGAGCUGAAUUAAAGAAUGAAACCAGAGAGGCAACCGGUUGCUUAACAUGUUACGCGUUUGAAUCUAGGAUCAAGGAACAUUGGGUAAUGUUGAAAGACAGAGGAAGUGAGAAAUACAAACGGACACGUGAGGAGUACAGACAGAGCCAGAUUAAGUUCAGCUUUAGACUGUCAUUUUUAGGAGAUUGAAGGGAAAUGCAGUUUCAGCUUGCCUGAUAGUGUUCAGGGCAGAGUGCUGGUAAGCAUGGAUUUUGGUGACAGAGGUUUACUAUUGUUGUAAGAGAGAUCAGUAUUAAAUGAAGAAAAUUAACACUCUAAGAGAAUUAUAUUGAGAGAAAAGCAAGGCCCAGUUAGCCUUUACAUGCCUGUAACCAGUGGGGACAUGCACAUCACGGGGUGGCGGGAUGGGGCGGGGGGAGGAGAGGAAAUACCCAGGGCAGAAAACAAGAGAAUUAGGCAGGAAAAUGCACCGUGAAGCUGCAGCCAACAGGUAGCCCAAAGUAGACAGAGGUUAGACAAAGAAUAAGUAACCUCAGAGACAGUAUCUGCUGACUUGAGGAAGAGACAAAUCAAUAGGGAUAGAUCCACGUAAGAUGUAGAGAUGGGACAGAGAAAACAGCAGUAGUGAAUGAAUGAGAAGGCGCAGAGAAACUCAAAACAGGGCUAUGGUGACGCAUGAGAUAGCAAAACACUUGCAGAAAUAUUAGAGAGACGACGGGGGCAUGUGUGAUGCAAGAAGGAGAGACGAGAUUGUGAACAGAAGAUGGUAAAGAAAACUAAGCUCUCCAAAUGAGUUUGUUUCUUUUGACAUUUUUAAAGAGAAGGCAAAAAUAGUUCACACUUAUAGCCUAAAUCUUGAUAGAAGAGUCCUGGGGAGAGACUGAAGGAAUCAGCUGGGAGUAUUAUUCACAAAUUAAUUAAUGAAAUAAUUAGGUACAUUUUAUUUAUUUGGACUGCCAAAAUUAAAAAUUGAUAAGUAGGUGUUAAUUUCCCCAGGCUAGGCAAGAGACCACAUAACCAUGCAACCAAUGAUGACGUCAGUUUUUAUGCUUAUGUGACCUUAGGAGCCUAGGUUUCCUGUUUUCAUUUUUUCUGAAAUUAAAAUUUUGUUUCCCCAAACUUGACAACAGCUUAAAAAUAUACUCUUUUACUGCAUAGCUUGCCAAACUGAUUCACCAUUUUUAAUCAUUCAUAGAUAAAAUCACACACUUUUGAGGAAAAUAUAUUCACUUCCAAACCUGGCCCACCAGGACCUCCAACAGUGACUCUGGUCUACCUUUUUAUUGUAUAAUAUUUUACUCUGCUCUUUCCUCCACUCAGUUAAUAUUUUAACUGCAUAUUGGCUGUGUAUCUCUAUGUACAUCACACUUUUUUUUUUGUCUUAAGAUCAUUCUGAUAGUUGUUCUUUAUCUUCCUGUCUUUUAUCACGUGCCUGCUGUAGGCAUCCACUGAGAAUGCAACUGGAAUGCUCUUCACAUAUUUAGUGUCUCAAUUUAUCUUUUUUAAAACAUCAACUUAAAGGUUAUUUUCUCUAUUAGGACCGCCUAAUGUACAUGUAUUCACCCAGCCUGCUUCAUAAUCACUUGACCCCAUGAAACAAUGUAUUAUCAUGUAUUAUCAGUGUAUUUUUUAUCUCCUUGAUAUAUCCUUAAUCACUAGUAUUUGUUCAAUAAAUCAGAAUCAUUUAUUUCUUA